CUACGUGGUGAGGUUUGGAACCACUAACCCGGUUGUACACUUAUCACCAUGGUUGAGACUCGUAGUGGGACGGAGACUAGUCCCUACACCCCUGAGGAGCAAGCAAAGAUGGCCGCCUUAGUGAAAGAGAACAAGGAGAGAAAAAAACGCGAGAAGCAGGCGAAGCUAAAGGCUAUCGCAGAUGAGCAGGCGACGAAGAUGAAGAGGUUGGAGGAGGAGAUGAAGAGGGUACAACAGGGGCAGGAAGAGAGAAGGAAGGCUACUGAAGCAGAAGCGGUAGCAAAAGAAGAGAAAAAGAGAAUGAGAAUUGAGAGUGGCGAAGGGAGUAGUGGUGACACGAUGCAGUGGGAGACAGAUACUGAGCUGGAGAAGAAGAUCAGCGAGUGGGUCGCUAAUUUAUCGUUGGGGGAAGACGAGGAGGCGGAGUCAUAUAAGGAGCAGUUAGAAGACCAGGUCUUUGUAGUUUAUGUUAGACCUGUCACUGAGGCCCAAGAAAAGGAUAGUUCCACAGAUCUAACAAUUGCCAAGCUGCUGGAAGAAUUCAAAGACUUGACUGAGUCGCCGACAGGAGUAGUGUCGCGACCCAUCCAGCAUAGGAUAGAGAUAGAGCCUGGCAGCAGAACUCCCAAGGGUGCAGUCUACAGGAUGUCCCCUAGAGAGUUAGAGGAGCUUCGCAAACAGUUAGACGAACUUCUUGAGAAAGGUUGGAUCAGGCCCAGUUCGUCUCCUUUUGGAGCACCCGUUUUGUUUGUCCCUAAGAAGGAAGGAGAGCUGAGAAUGUGUAUAGACUAUAGGGGUUUGAAUGCAAUCACCGUGAAGAAUGCUGAGCCGCUGCCCAGGAUAAACGAUCUUUUGGAUCGGGUGCAGGGUUGUAAGUAUUUCUCUAAGAUAAACUUAAAGUCCGGAUACCAUCAGAUAGAAGUCCAUCCUGAUGAUCAGUACAAGACUGCAUUCCAGACUAGAUAUUGGCAUUAUGAGUUUAUAGUGAUGCCCUUUGGACUGACCAACGUGCCAGCUACUUUUCAGCGUUGCAUGAAUGACCUGUUUAGACCGUGGUUAGAUAAAUUUGUGGUAGUCUACUUAGAUGAUAUCCUAGUCUUUAGUAAGACCCUCCAGGAGCGUCAGGGUCAUCUGAGGCAGGUUUUGGAGAAGCUUAGAGAGGCUAACUUCAAGAUCAACGCGAAGAAGUGCGAGUGGGCCAAGACACAAGUUUUGUACUUGGGCCACGUAUUAGACGGAGAUGGCAUCAAGCCAGAGGACAGCAAGAUCGCGGCGAUUAGAGAUUGGCCGGCGCCCCGCACAUUGACAGAGUUGCGGUCGUUCUUAGGCUUAGCUAACUACUACAGGAAGCAGGAAGUUCGUGAGGAACUUCUCCAAUAUCGCCGCUCCCUUGCGCCGAUUGCUGAAGAAAGAGGCAAUCUGGCAAUGAGACAAAGACUGUACGUUUGCGCUCAAGAAGCUAAAACGCGCAUCGACGAACUGGCGGCGUCGUUAGCGACGAUGAAGGAGGUACUAGACAGCCAGCACGCGGAUAAGGAGGAGCGGAAGACGAAGAAACUCGAAAAACUAGAGCGCAAGAUGCGCGAGGAAGAGGAGAAGCAAGCAGCUCAGGAAGCGCGUCAAGCUGAACUACGAUGUACGAAACGGAAAGAGGAGAAGUUACGUUUGGAGGAGGAGAAACGCCAAACUCUGAGGAAGGAAAUGUUGUUGGAAAUCUCGCAACAAAUGGGACAGCUCGGGGACUCCCUCCAAAAGCGGUAUGAGAGGGAGGUCAAGCAUCGCGAGAAAGGGAAGCAACGAGCGGUAGUGCAGUCUUCGGAGGAUGAAGGAUAUGAGUCAUACGAUAGUGACGUCGAUGCUCUGAGCAUGCAAACGGAGCAACUUGUCAUCUUAGAGAAACGGAAGCGGAGUGCGGAUAAGCCAAUAGGUGACAGUCCGCCCAUGGUGACACCGGCGAAGCGUACAGCGAAGAGGCGCCUGCAUUUAGGUUGUCGACACCAGCAAAUGAAGAAAACACCUCCGCGGACGAUUCAAGUAACAGGACGCAAGAAGAUCCCGGCAGCCCCAGGCACGAUCGGGAAGUUGAGGUUUGUCACGGACAACCUCAGGCAGCUGGGUGAUUUGAAUUUGGAAGAGUUACGACGCAUCGCAGCUUCCGAGGACGUGAAAUGCAAGGGAAAAAAGAUGCAAACUAUUUUGGCAAUUACUGAGAGGAGGACGCAAGUGGCCUACGGGGAGGAAGAAGCUCAUGGCGAGGCGGCGCAUGAGGAAGGUGAGCAGCAGGAGCAGGUAGACGAAGACGAGGGUGAUGCUAGAAGUAAAGUUUGAACACUGAGUAAACUGUGGGUUUUAAG